AUGACGCUCUACAAUGAGGCCGCACAAGAGGCUGCUGUAACAUUAAAGAAAUUUUCCCAAGUGGAAAUCGUAGCUCAAUGCAACUCCAAUCGAUGUCCACGAGAUCGCAAAUUUCAAUUCGAUCUUCAGGCACCCAUUAGCAACAAUCAGGCGACUCAAGAGAGUCGCGUUGCUAUCACAUCCUCGUCUUACACUCCUUUCGCCACUACUACAACUACUGCUCCUACUACUGCCAUUACCACUGCUGAUAUUUCCUCUACAUCAACCGCCUCUCCUUUCUCUAUUCCCACCCAACCUCCUUCAACAUCCUUGUCGACUCAGCAGCAACAGCCAUGUACUACUAGAAAGCAUAAAAGCUCAGGAUAUGCAGCUAGUAGCCGUUAA